CCACCAGACCACAACCACCUGUCCACCCGACCCGCCUCCCUCCACCCGCCCACCGCGCGCAGCCGCGCACGGCAGUGGCACUGGCAGCAGUCUCACCUUUCCCUAGGACAAGGAGGGAGCGCUAAAACCCUAGAGGGGGGUUUUCCACUUUGCUCGCGAUGCGGACCGCUGAAGAGAAGGGCAAGAGGGCGAGGACGGACGGCGCCGAGGAGGACGGGGGACAGCCCAUCGACCGCGCUCUCCUCCUCUCCAUCGAGAAGCUCCAGGAGAUCCAGGACCAGAUCGAGAAGGUUAAUGAGGAAGCAAGCAAUAAAGUAUUGGAGGUGGAACAGAAGUACAAUGAAAUUCGCAGACCAGUUUAUGUUCGCCGCAAUGAAAUGAUCCAGAAGAUUCCAGACUUCUGGCUGACAGCGUUCCUUAGCCAUCCUAUGCUUAGCGAUCUUCUAACUGAGGAUGAUCAACAGAUUUUUAAACACUUGGAGUCUAUGUUUGUGGAUGAGUCUGAGGAUAUUAAAUCGGGCUGCUCUAUUACUCUGAGCUUUUCUCCCAAUCCAUAUUUUGAAGAUCAAAAGCUUACGAAGGAAUAUUCCAUCAAUGACGAUGGAACAGUUACAGUAAAGGCUACCUCCAUUAAGUGGAAGGCAGGAAUGGAUAUUGUCAAUGGAAAGACAUGCGACAAGAAGGGAGACAAGCGACUACUGGUUGAUGAAAGUUUUUUCACUUGGUUCAGCAAUACAGAGGACAAAAGUUUUGCUCAUGGUGAGAUGGAUCAGGUGGCAGAUGUCAUCAAGGAAGACUUGUGGCCUAAUCCUUUGAAGUAUUUCAACAAUGAGCUAGAAGGCGAGUUUGAACUAGAGGAUGAUGAGGAAGAGGGAUCUGAUGAGGAAGCCGAAGAUGAAGAUGAAGACAAGGAGGAUGAAGAGGAGCCCUGAGCCCUGUUCCACUUAGGUCAGGUUUGACAACUUGUCUGCAGAAUGUGUGAGACCGAGCCUCCAUAUGGCUGAUGAAACAAGGCGUCCCCCUUUUGCGGUGUUUCAGUACUUGACUUGGUUGGAGUUUUAGGACCUAUUUUCAGGAAACCCAAUGGGGUUUGGUAUUUGACAGAUUUCUUUAUGUGCAAUCCAUUAUGUACCGUGGAAGUUCUGCUUGGUCUGGUCGUUGUCUGC